UUGCACUCCAGGGCUGUACACUUGCUGCACACUGACCACAGGGGUUGCUCACAGCUGAUCUGCACUCCAGAAACAAGAUGGAGAGGUACCACUUGGUUGUGCUUCUGCUCUGUGGCGUCUUCAUGUCAAGAGUCUUCAGCGUUACGUACAGAAAUUUUUCAAUAGAUUGUGGAACUCUGUUGCCCGACGACCCAGCUCGGCCUCAGGAAUCUGAAUUGCCCUAUUCCAUUUCUGUGCCAUCAGAGGUGUACGACCCAGGAAGUGAAAUAAAAGUCGACAUACAAGGAGCAUCCGGAGCUGGAUUUAAAUGGUUUAUGCUACAAGCCCGAGACAUUGAUGAGAACAUCCCUGUUGGUUCGUUUCAAGUCACAGAUCCAAAUACACAGACCCACGACUGUUACAACAUGACGAAUUCAGCAUUAAUUCACAAGGACUCAGAAGAGAAGCACAACAUAUCAUCUCUUUGGGUUUCACCUGAUGCUAAAAAGGUUCAGUUUAUAGCGACUGUUUUCCAAGAUGCUGAAACGUACUGGCUGGUUCCCAGCAUAGUCCUGUUUCCGAAGCUUUCCAAUGAGACUAAAGUUGAAGAUGAGUCUAAAAAAGCCAAUGUAUCGUCAAAAAGUAGGAAGAAGUCCGUUACCAUAAAAAUAGACUGUGGACCAGGAGGAGCUCAUGUAGGCAGCAGCAAGUGUGCCCAGGGGUCAACGUUUUCCUCUCAGGGUGGUAGCACUCAAGGCCAGGGAGUUAUAGUGUACCAAGGAGGUGUAAAGAAAGGCGGAGGAUGCCUUGCGGGUGCCACUGCUAGUAUCUACAACAAGUUUGGCUGCUACGAUCCUGGUGUAAGCUAUGGUAGUGGCACUUCCUACGGACAGUCCGUUUCAACUGUUUCAAACCAAGGGAAGGUCAUAGUGUAUGCUCCCAGCCAGCCCUACCCACCUGAACGCAACACAUACCCAUCGCAACUGGCCAACUCUAAAUACAAACACAUUCAGAGCACUAUAUAUGGGGACAAAAUCAAGGCCCAGGGCUCAAAACCCCAAGAUGACAUCCGAAUAACCAUCCAGAGUGGACAACCUGGGCGAGUUUGUGAUAAGACCUCAUCCUCCUACAACAGCCAAGCCUGUAAAAUGAGUAUUCAGUCACAGGGAGGCAGUUCGUACGGCUCUAAGCUGAGUGGAUCCUCUUCUUCGGUUGGUGGCAGUGGAGUCUCUGUGACAUUCGGCAGCAGUGGAUCCCCCGGCUCAGUUGGUGGCGGCAGAUACCCUAAUUCAGCUGGCGGCAGUGGAUCCUCGACUUCCGUUGGCAACAGCGGGGUCUCUAUUACUUUUGGAGGCAGUGGAUCUCCUGGUUCUGUUGGCAGUGGAUCCUCGAGUUCUGUCGUGAGCAGUGGAUCCUCUUCUAAAGCUGGAGGUAGCAUCUGCAGGCAGGGCUAUACAACUGAUGGCAAUCCUUGCAAACCGGGUGGAUCAACAUCUCAGCAAAGUUCUGGAAGUAUCCAGGGUGGAUCAUCAUCCCAGCAAACUUAUGGAAGUUCCCAGGGUGGAUCAUCAUCUCAACAAUCUUACGGAAGUAGCCAGGGCGGAUCAUCAUCCCAGCAAACCUACGGGAGUAGCCAGGGCGGCUCAUCCCAGCAAACUGGAAGCAAACAGGGUGGUUCAUAUUCCCAAGGAGGCAACUAUAAUCCUUGUGGACUGGAUGGUUAUACCGGUAAAAUAACCAGCAGUAGCAACUGUCCACAGCGCGGACAAAGUGGAUCAUAUAGCGGCAGCAGCAGCAGCGGCAGCAGCGGCAGCAGCAGCAGCAGCCAAUAUGGACAGGUUGGCUCAUAUGGCAGCAGCAACAGCCAAUACGGACAGAGUGGAUCAUACGGUGGUGGCAGCAACCAAUUUGGACAGAGUGGAUCCUACGGUGGUGGCAGCAACCAAUACGGACAGAGUGGAUCAUACGGUGGUGGCAGCAACCAAUAUGGACAGAGUGGCUCAUAUGGCAGCGGCAACAAAUUUGGACAGAGUGGAUCAUACGGUGGUGGCAGCAACCAAUACGGACAGAGUGGCUCAUAUGGCAGCAGCAACCAAUUUGGACAGGGUGGGUCAUACGGUGGCGGCAGCAGCCAAUUUGGACAGGGUGGAUCAUACGGCAGUAGCAGCAGCAGCAGCAGUACCCAAUAUGGAAAGGGUGGAUCAUUUGGUGGUGGCAGCAGUCAGUACGGACAGGGAUCGCAGACUGGUGGACGUUACGGCAAUAUCAUUUGUGAUCAGGGUGAUGCCUCUACUUACGGAGGAAAAGCUGUGAGCUCAGCAAACUGUAGAGGCAGAAGGGACGUAGCAGCUCAAGAGGCAUUCACAGCUUUCGUCAGAAAGAUUCAGGAAAAACGAGCACUUCCUGUAAUCAGAAAGGCACGGAGUGUGCAAAGCGCUCUCACCAGAAAGACUCGGAGUGAAAAAGCUCGCGCUCUGAUCAGAGCAGCUCGGAGUGAAAAAAAUGAAACCUCUAAUCCACCAAGUAUCAAUACCUAUGGCCAGGGCGAAAGCUUUUAUAAUAACGAAAACCAUCAUGUACAGGAUGGAUCAUUUGUGGCUUAUGCCAAUAGGCAGGGAGAAUGUUUUUGCCCUGGUGCACAGGGUGGUGGAUCGUAUGGCAGUCAAUAUGGACAGGGUGGAUCAUAUGGUGGUGGCAGCCAGGGUGGACGGUUUGGAUAUGGCAGCAGCAGCCAAUAUGGACAGGGAGGAAUGCAUGGUGGCGGCAGCGGCCAAUAUGGGCAGGGUGGACAGAGUGGAUCCUAUGGUGGCAGCCAAUAUGGACAGGGUGGACAGAGUGGAUCUUAUGGUGGCAGCCAAUAUGGACAGGGUGGAUCAUACGGGAGCAGCAACCAAUAUGGACAGGGUGGAUCAUAUGGUUAUGGUCAUCCAUAUGGACAGGGUGGAUCAUACGGUGGUAGCAGUCAAUAUGGACAGGGUGGACAGAGUGGAUCAUAUGGGAGCAGCAGCCAAUACGGACAGGGUGGAUCAUAUGGAGGCGGCAGCAGCGGACAGGGUGGAUCAUAUGGCAGCGGCAGCAGUGGACAGGGUGGAUCUUAUGGCGGUGGCAGCAGUCAAUAUGGACAGGGUGGACAGAGUGGAUCAUACGGUGGAGGCAGCCAAUAUGGGCAGGGUGGCUCAUACGGUGGCGGCAGCAACCAGUAUGGGCAGAGUGGAUCAUAUGGCAGCAGCAGCAGCGGCAGCCAGUAUGGGCAGGGUGGAUCGUACGGCAGUGGCAGCCAAUAUGGAAAAAACAACUCUUCCUCAGGAGGCAGUCAGCCUGGUGGAAAGAACUCGACUUCUUCAGGAGGCAGUCAGUCUGUUGGACAGGGGUCCUCAGGAGGAAGCCAGUCUGGACAGGGUUCAGCAUCCCCUUCAGGAAGCCAGCAGGGUAGUCCGAGCUCAUCAUACUCCGGAGGCAGGCAGCCUGGUGGUCAGCCUGGGUGUUACUGUCCAGGUGGAAUGACUGGUUCUCAGUCAGGAAGUAGCCAGUAUGGCAGCAGCCAAGGUGGCCAAUAUGGUGGUUGGCAAGGAAACCAAUAUGGUGGCAACAAUCAAUAUGGUGGUGGACGAUACGGACAAGGUUACCCCUAUGGAAGUAGCCAGUAUGGUGGCGGACGGCUAGGCAGCCAAUAUGGUGGAUAUGGUUCACCAUACGGAAGUAGGCCAUAUGGUUCCAACAAGGGUUUUCAAAGCAAUCAGGCUCCUCACUCUGACGCUUCUGGGAAACAACCCAUCUUCAGCCUGAUACUUUUCAGUGUUUUUGCACCUCUACUAUCUCUUAUUCAAUGGAUGAUCUAAACUUCUGAAGCCAUACCAAUGAGGAAGAUUGCCUUCUUCAACAGAAUACUACUUUCUAUAAGAAACGAUUGAGUCGAAUUUAUGGACUGAUAAAACAUUUAUUCCUCCCCAUCCCCACCCCUGGGUUAACAAUGCAAUAGGUCAUGACACUGACUCUUCUUAUCUCUUUAUUUUCAUAGCAGAGCUUCAUAUGCGUCGUAUGAAGUAGGGAUAUUAAUUGCAAGAUGUUUUAUUUGCUUCUUGAGAUGUAAUGAAUGCUUCCUCUGCAUUUGCUCUAAACAGGAUUCUAUUCAUUCUAAAGAAUUUGGGAGUUAUAGGUGACAAUCCAUUUAGUAAUAAUAGUAAUAAUAAUAUUUUUAUUAUUUAUAGCCCACCCAUUUGGCUGGGUUUCCCCAGCCACCCUGGGCAGCUUACAGCACACAAAAAAUUGUAAAACAUUAGGCAUUAAAAUUUUCCCAAUACAGAGUUGCCUACAAUAGGCUAGGCCUAUUGUUAUCAAGAGAACAUAUUUUAAAAUGUUGGCUUGUGGUCCUAGAAGAGUGAUAACUCCCACAUGCCAAUACCCUAAAAUGGAUGUAUAGAAUGGUAGUAAUCCAAACCUUCAGCAAUACACCGUAAUUUUCAGAAAGUAACCCACAGUAAGAUAACAAGGAUGAUUAUCCUCAGUGAAUUUAUAGUAUUCAGCCUAGAGAUUACGAAAGAGAAACUAUUCUUGCGGUGAAUAUCUCAACAUUCCCUCUUCUUCAUAAGCACAAUUAUGUUAGACCUUUAUGAUGAUUAUAAGAGAAUAAAGAUAAGCUAUAUUCAAUUUCAAAUAGAUGCAUGGAUUUAAAUAACCAGGAACCACUCACAAGCUUGAGCGUUCCUAUAUUCAUACAAAUAGCUAUGACAUCAAGGCUUUUACUGAUGGGGUGAGCUUGUGCUGGAUGCACAAAUUAAAAUUCCACAGUAUUUCUGUAAAUCACUUCUUGCCUAACUUGCCUUCCGAAGGCCAAGCAAAAUGGCCACAAUAAUAUGGAGCAAAAGUUGAUUGAUUCUGUCCUGCUCAAAGCUAGCAACUGCAUCCUGUCCCGGCUUUUUGGUGGUGCCAUCUCUUCACUAGAGCUACAGUCCUUACUUGUGUGGCAUCAUCUUACUUACAAGAGGGUGGGAGACUGCUCAGCCAGCUCCCUUAUCUCCAGCCAGCUCCAGUAGAUCAACUCUAGCUCCUCCCUAAGUUACCAGUUGCCAGCUACCCUACAACAUAGUUAUAAUUUUUGUUUUUGUUUUAAAUCAGCCCCAUCCAGUCUGUAACUCAAAAGGCUUGCCUUUCAGACACUUCUCAAGCAGGGAUGAGGGCAUACAUUUUGAGAAGGCUUAGUUCUAAAAUUACAAAUGUUUGGUUAUGUUCUUUUUAUUUAAAAACAACACCCACCCCUACUUGUGGAUUCCCCCCCCCCAUGAACAGACUCUUACAAAGAAAUGUGAUAGCAUCACAUACAGUAUGUACCAGGUACACUAGUGAUGAUCUAAAUUUAAAAUGUUUAAUUACAUUGCCUCUGACCCACUAAUACAGUGGGGUGGGGUUUUUUUCCUGCAACAGCAUGCUUUGUGUUUGCAUAUAAUUUUAAAAAAGGUUUCAGAAAUUUAAGACCACUUAAAUUCCUGUCAUCUUUAGUAUAACAUGUCCUUAAACUUAAAAACGGCAUAGGCAUUUUAAAAUGGGCCUUUUGUUUGCAUAGAAUUAGGACGACACAACCUUAUCCAUAAUUCACUUAAGACAGACUAGUUGCAAUUAAAUUAGUGUGUUUAUUAAGCACAUCUGGAGUCAGAAUUCAGCAGUUCUUGAAGGGGGAUCAAACCCUAAUUCUACUGGGUUUUUUUUAAUCCCACUUCAAGUACCUCAGAUUAUAAAAAUACAAAGAGUUUCUCAAAGUGUAUGUUCAUAGGACCCCGCUUAUUUUUAUGGUUGUUAAAUUGUUUUUCAUGUUGUGUUUUAAUGUUCUUGAGACCUUAGAGUGAAGGGCGAGAAAUAAAAAUUUAAAUGAACAAUAGGUGUUUAUUUUACUGGGUGUUGUUCAUAGCUCAAAAUCAGAAUUCAGGACAUUCUAAACAAUACUACAUGGCUAUUGAAGUCCUUAUUGUAACAUCCCUGCUGCAGGAACCUCCAUAAGACGUUAGAAGCUAUAAAAUACAAGAGAGAGGAUUCAGGUUGAGCCUAAACUCCAUUAAAAUUCUAUGGACCUUUGGUAGUCAAAUAAUUAACUGUCAGGAAAGGGUUUUUCCUUAAGCCAGUCAUAUUCAAAGUAGACCCUUUGGAAUUGAAGGACUCAAGUCACUUAAGUCCAUUUCAAUGGAUCUACUCUGGGUAUAAGUAACCAUGGCUUAGUGUUCACAUGUGCCUAAUUCUUUAAAGCUUGCAUCAUUGUUUUACAUAGCUUGUGGCAAAAACACUUUUUUUCCUCAAAUAAGGCUUUUAGGAUUCUGUUCAAAACCAAUUGAUAGAUAAAACUUCGAAAGGUCUUUAGGAUGUAAUAUACUGUUCAUUUGAAUAGGUAUUAAAUUGUUCUAAUAAAUUUAUUAUUGGUUUCAUACGAA